AUGUUGAAGCCACGAAAUUCGGUGGAUACAAGCGAUGUAACACCUUCGAAAAGAGGACGGGUAAAGCGAUUAAAAAUGGCAUUGGGCCCAGAUGAGAAUUCGAUUGAUUUUCCCUUGAUUGCAUCGGAACCAAAGAAGAUUCGAUUGAGCGAACAUCAAAAGGAAACAUAUAUGGAACAAUGGGAAAAGAAUCGACCAUUUAUGGACAAUGAAGAGUCAUUGCCGACUCCGAUGUGGAACUCGAUGCCCGAUCUCUUCGAUGAAUCUUCAUCAAUGGGUUUCUCUAACAAAGCGGCUCCAAAGAAAAGAGGUCGACCCUCUAAAGCAUCGAUGACUCCAAAAGAACCCACAAGAGUCGACAAUGAUGAUGACAAUUAUAGCAAUCAAAGUGACUCAAUCAGUCUUGACGAUUUACGAAAAAAACUGCUGACCAAUAAGGAGGAAAGUAAAGAGCAGUCAACAAGAGCAGAAAGCAAGAUCAGCGAUGAAGAUACACGGUUCUCUGAUAUCUCAACUCUAUCAACAGCGAGUGGAAAUGUGUUGCAAGGACGCAGGAAAAAGUCGACACCCGUCAAGUAUGAACCUGUAAAAGGAAAAGCUUCAAAGGCUUCAAAAGAAAACACGCCAGAAUCAAACAAAAGGGGAAGAAAGAAGAAAUCAUUGGUGUUCACUGAUGAGAAGGAGAAGACUCCAAAAGCAAAAAGUCCAAAGGUUGACAAGAAAGAAGAGUCGAAAAAGGUUGAAGCAGAGAAGCUAAAUGUUGAUGCUCCAAGAACGGCACUAACAACAAAAGCUGAUCCAUUUAUCCAAGAAGAAAUGGAGGAUCAAGAAAAGAUAGCUUCUGAUCACAAUGAAGUUGAUGGCUUGGUGAUACCGGAGAGUUCGAGCACUCAAGAAAAAUUCGAUUUGCCAAUUAAAGAAGAAUCAUUGGAAAAGCUCCCGAUUGAAGAAAUGGCAGAUCUAAUCACCGAUCUUUCGGAAAAGGAUUCGAAAAGUGUCGAGAAGUUGGAAGAAUACUGUAGCCCAGACAAAGCAACCCAAUCAAUUGAAGUUAUCGUCAAUGAGUCAAGCACACCAAGUAUUUUACGGAAACCCAAGACGCCGAUCAGCUUGGAAAAAAGGAGUCGACGUGUGCAUUUUGAUGGUAACGAAGCGAUGCAAGAAGAAGCUGAAAUUUCAAGAAGAACUCCUCUCAAAACUCUCCCACGAUUUAGCAGCAAUACUUUGACUCCUCCUUCUCAACUCCGUUCCCUGACAAUUCCCUCGACUUCUCUUUCCACCGGAUCUUCAUCGAUUCUCCAUCCAUCUCUCAUCACUUGCAAUGAUUCAAUUCAAAACAUCAUUCAUCAAAUCAGUCCACAUGUUUCCAAUGGCUUGACUUUCAAAAAAGCUUUGCUAUCACAAGGAAUCAAAACAAUAGGUGAUCUCGCAAAUUGUCAAGUCUCGAAGAUUGAAUCACUUAUUUGGCUACGGAAACCCCGCGUUGAAACGACUCGUGCUGCACUUCUUGAAUACGAGGAGAAUCUCCGAGUGAAAAAGGCUGCCGAUGAACAACGAAUGAAAGAACGAGAAGAAGGAAAGAGAAAGGAAGCGGCGAGAUUGAUUGAAGAAGAAAAGGAAGCUGCCGAAGCUGAAGUGAAAGCAAAGGAGAUGAGUGAAGAAAUCGUUGAAGAAAGCACUGCAAAGCAAGAUGAAGAAGUUAUCAAUGCUUCAGAGGAGGACUCUCAGAAGAUAAUUCAACCAGAAGAAGUAGCUGAAAACCCAAUUGUGAUGGAUGCAAACGAAGCUAAACCAACAAUUGUAGAGGAAGUUCCGGCUGGAGUUGAAACUACAGUGCAAGAAAAUCUUGAAAGCCCCUCAACUCAACCAGUUCAAAUUCCAGAAGGAGCUCUUGAAACUGAAUCCAAUUCGGAGCCUGCCAUUCAAUUCGAAUCUAAUUCGGAGCCUGCCUGUCCCGAAGAACUUGUCAAAGAGACUCUAUCAACGCCAACUUCUAUGGAAGAUGCAAAGGAGUUCGAUGCAAUUCAGAGUGCUACAGUAGAAGUAGAGACAAGUCAAUCAAAUAACAGUCACAGUCAACAAUUGGAUACGCCAACGAAUGAGGUUGGAGAGAUCCCUAUAGAAUCUUUGCAAACCAACGACAACUGUGAAGAAACAAUGAAUGAGAAGGCGGAAGAGAUCGAGAAAGACAAGAACAUUCUUGAGUCAUUGAAGGAAACGUUGAAGAGAUUAAAUGAUUUUGACUCCAAAUCUCUUCAAGAUCAACAGAGCAUGUCAGCAAUAUCUCUUCUCAUUCAAAUGCAGAAACGUAUCACCGAUCUACAGCAUUCUUUGUUCAACGAGUACGAAAAGAAUCUCAACAAAUCCCAG